AUGGACAUCGUUGACAGAGACAUGGAGAGGGCGGAGGAGCAGGCCACGCGAACGUGGUCUCAGACCUCGAAGGAACGUCGAGAACGAGAACGUGCUGAGCUAGAACGGUCACGACGAAGCUCACGCGCCAGCUCGCUUUCAUCCUCAUCCUCAUCAUCAAUCGAGCAAGAUAUGGGCCGCAUAGCUACAGCGGGAGGCGGAAGCAUGAACGUGGGCGCAUACAGGACCCGGACACAUCCCAUCGAAGACCACAGAACAGAGACACAUCGGCUGCAGCAAGUUCAGACUGUUGGCGCUACAUCUGCGCGCUCAAGAAAGACUCAGCCGCUUCCAGAGUUCGGCGGUGGGAAGCCAUAUCCUCCGCCUUUGCCAGAGCGAGAAGAAUACGUUGUGGAAUUCGAUGGGAAGGAUGAUCCGCUUCAUCCCCAAAAUUGGCCCUUCAAGAGGAAGCUCUUAUUUGGAGCCAUCUUGGCCUACACCGCCCUCUGCAGUACCUUCACAAGCAGUCUGCUCAGCGCAUCCACCAUAGGAAUUGGCGAGUAUUUCCAUGUUAGCACCGAAGUCGCUACAUUAACGACGAGUCUCUUCGUUCUUGGAUACGCAUUUGGACCUCUAGUCUGGGGUCCAUUUUCCGAGCUGCAAGGACGCAAACCACCAAUAUUAGUCGGCAUGUUUGGUUUUUCCCUCUUCUGUUACGCCUGCGCCACCGGCAAAGAUCUCCAGACCGUCAUGAUAUGCCGAUUCUUUACUGGAUUCUUCGGCUCUUGUCCGUUGGCGGUUGUCGCAGCCAUCUUUGCGGACAUGUUUGACAACACUCAGCGUGGUAUUGCCAUUGUGGUGUUCUCGUCCAUGGUCUUCAUGGGACCCAUGCUUGGGCCUUUUAUCGGCGGCUUCAUCCAAGCGUCCUACCUUGGAUGGCGCUGGAAUCUUUACAUUCCGGGCAUCAUGGGCUCUGCCGCCUUUCUCUUAAAUUUGUUCUUCUUGAAGGAAUCUUACGCUCCCAUGGUACUUGUUGGCAAAGCAGCCGAGUUAAGACGCCGCACUAAGAACUGGGGCAUUCACGCCAAGCAGGAAGAAGUCGAAGUCGACUUCAGGGAGCUGAUCACCAAGAAUUUUUCGCGUCCGCUCAGACUCCUCGCAACCGAGCCGAUCAUUCUAGCAGUCACACUGUACAUGUCACUGAUUUACGCUCUACUCUACGCCUUCCUCACCGCCUAUCCUCUUGUCUUCCAGGGUGUCCACCACAUCAGGCCCGGCGUUGCUGGACUGCCGUUCUUCGGAAUGGUAGGCGGAAUCUUCUGUGUGGCCGGCUUCAUCAUCUGGGACAACAAGAACUACAUCAGGAAACUGCAGGCUAACGGAGGUAUCCCGGUGCCCGAAUGGCGUCUCCCACCUGUCAUUGUUGGAGGUGUGUUAUUUGCGGCCGGUCUCUUCUGGUUUGGCUGGACUGGAUAUACCGACAGCAUUCAUUGGAUUGUUCCCACACUCUCGGGUUUGUUCACUGGCGCCGGUCUUCUGGCUAUUUUCAUCUGCCUGUUCAACUACAUCAUUGACAGCUACCUCAUGUUCGCUGCGUCCGCCAUCGCUGCAAAUACCUUCCUUCGAAGCAUUCUAGCUGCAAGCUUCCCUCUAUUCACACGUCAAAUGUUCAACAACCUCGGCAUCCAGUGGGCGGGCACUCUACUCGGCUGCCUUUCUGCAGCGUGUGUUCCCAUCCCAAUCUGCUUCUAUCUCUUUGGUAAGAAGCUUCGUCAGAAGUCCAAGUUCGCGCCUACCAUGGCGCCCCCAAAGAAGCAGGACGAGGAGGAAAGCAUUGGCGACGGAGACGAGACAGAUGGGAGUGACGACAAUCAGCAUGGCUUUUCGGCGCUGCAUGCCACUCGAAGCGUUGCACACCACGAAUAUCCAAUGAGGACGAGGACGAGAAGUGGCACUAAUGCGACGGGUGCAUCAAGAGGUAGUGCAACUCUGAACGGAGGCAGUGCUGCAGCUGCAGCCGCGCCGAACACUUCAACAGAUCCGGAGAAGAGAGAUUAG